UAAUGGGUUGUAAUUAAAACAAAAUAUGAAUAAAUGAAAAAAAAAUACUUGAAUAUAAAUAUUAGUACUCCGCGCCAACGAAUAUGCAGUUAACCAAUCAGGAUUCAUCAUAAAUGCCAACAAGCAGUCUUGCCAGUUAUUGGCACAUGUCCCCCAUUGGAAACGCAGGUUAAUCAAUUUGACAGUAUAAAACCACUUUGAAAGAAGAUGAAGUAAUUGACGUUAGGCGUAUUUCUUACUCUUAUGAACACCUAAACAAAUUUGGCAAUUUGCAAACCUGUAACUGUAAUGGAUACUAAAGCACAUAAUGUGUGCACACCUCUUCCUUUUAAGAUUACUAAUAAAGCUUGCACUUCUGAGAAUCGUGAGAAGUAUUUGUUAAAAUUCUUGGAGCAAACUUUACCGCAGUCUGACAUUAAGGCUAUAAGCGAUGAAUUAAAGAGGACAUUCUUAUUUGAUAAACAUCGAACAAAAAGGAUACGCCACAAACCCAAGAAAAGAAAGUUUUUAACUACAAGAAAACGUAUACUCCUGGGUAUAAAUAAAAUUACUAGAAAUAGUGCCCUGAAAUAUGUAGACAUGGUACCGCUAAACAAAAUGUGGCUGGAUUACAUGAAGCACAUGCUUGAUGUAAAAAAUUUUGCUGCUUUGCCAGAUAAUCCAAUAGACGUGCAUUGGGAUAAUGUGAGUCAAAAAUUGUUAAAGGCUGACUUUCAUGGAGCAAUAAUCACUAUAUCAAGAUCAAAAUGCCCGAGUCUCGUCGGAAUUACUGGGAUUAUAAUACAAGACACAAAGGGUACCUUCAGAGUAUUGGGAAAGGAUAACAUCAUUCGAACAAUACCCAAGGAAGUUGUUGUGUUUGACAUUUACAUGGAAUCAACAACAUUACAAUUGUUUGGUCGGGAGCUGUGUACUCGACCAGCAGAACGCUCAGUGAAAAAGUUCAAGACUACUCGUAUAGCUGACUUGUAAUAAGAUACUGCCUCGUAUAAAUUUUAUUAAAUUCAUAAUAAAUAAAACUGUUAAUAUUUGUAUCGAAUCUCAUGUGGAAUCCCAAAAAAAUUAAAGGUGCGCAAAAAA